CCACUAGUGCUUGGCUUUGCUUUCCACACACACUUUCUUCAAUUUAGAACUUAUUCGGAGUUACACUCCAAGCCUACUUUUUCUUUGGCAGCUUAGCUUCCUAUUUAGGAAACCCUCUCUCUCUUCACUGCUCUCCACCUUUUUGUUUUUUGUGUGUAUGUGUAUCAGCCUCUCUUCUCCUCUUCUAUUCUUCACUGCACUCCCACCCCUCUUAUUAUUAAUAUCAGUGCUUGGAAAGAAAAGGAAGCAAAAGAAAAGAGAAGAUCCAUAGCUAAUAAGCUAGGUUCAGUAGUUAGUGAGUGAUCGAUAUCUGGAGAUGGGUCGAGGCAAGAUUGAGAUAAAGUUGAUUGAGAACCCCACCAACAGGCAAGUCACUUACUCCAAGCGAAGGAAUGGUAUCUUCAAGAAAGCUCAUGAACUCAGUGUUCUCUGUGAUGCCAAGGUUUCACUUAUCAUGUUCUCUAAAAACAACAAGAUGCAUGAAUACAUUAGCCCUGGCCUCACGACAAAAAGGAUCAUUGAUCAGUAUCAGAAGACUUUGGGGGAUAUUGAUCUGUGGCGUUCUCACUAUGAGAAAAUGCUUGAAAACUUGAAGAAGCUGAUAGAUAUUAACAACAAGCUCAGAAGACAGAUCAGAAAGCUCAUUGGUGGAGUUGUCUUGUGUGAAUUGGAAAGGCAUAGGAUAGGUGAGGGUUUGGACAUGGACGACAUGAGCUUCCAGCAACUGCGCACUCUUGAAGAGGAUUUGGUUUCUUCCAUAGGGAAAAUACGAGAACGAAAGUUCCACGUGAUCAAAACACGGACUGAUACCUGCAGGAAAAAGGUUAAAAGCCUGGAGCAGAUGAAUAGAGAUCUGCUGUUUGAACUUGAAAAGUGUGCGAUCCAUCCACAAUUUAUUUUGCACGAUGAAGGAGACGAGGAAUCAGCAGUUGCACUGGCCAACGGCGCCUCCACCCUGUAUGCGUUCUGUCAUCAGCACCAUUCUCAUCUGAACCUUCCCUCCCACCAUUCUCACGGAGAAGAACCCUUUAAAACUGAUGACCUUCGCCUUGCUUAAUUGAGUGCAACAAUUAACUAGCAAUGUAAAUUAACUAGCUAGCAAGCAAGCACUAAGCACUUGUUAAUUAUGCUUUGUAUUAUCCUAUAUUGGACCUGUUAAACUUAAACGCAACGUUGCUUCCAACCUCUCUAGUCUCUAUCCAGAUCGAGAAUUAGCUGAAGCUUAUAUAUAUUAUGUAGUAUUUGGCAAGAGUGUGGUAUGAAAAACAGAAAGACUGUAUUUUAUUUGUUAUUAUAAGUUUACAUUGAGUGGUUAUGUAAUAUUAA